UACUGAGUCGACAGCUGCUGCUAAUGCUUAAUAUUCUCACUGUUCUGUGUCCGUGAACAAUAGAUGAGGUUAAGCGCUUUCUCUCCAUAUCGUUAAGUAUCUCAAAUGCGCACACUGUGGACUUUUACACGCGUGAUGUUUGGAGCACGUUCGAGUGUUUGAGUCCAGAGGAACUGUUGUGUGCUAUCAGUUCCUCACAAGACCGCAUGAGGGCGAUAGAAGAAGGAAAACAAUAACUUUGGUUGCUGCAAUGCCUCAAAGAAGUUGGUGGACAGAUGAGGGUAGUGAAAGCCCACUGUUUACCAGGUCUGGGGUCUGUAUGCAGCUGGAAGAUCUGAUGCAGAAUCUGAUACUGAUGACUGGAGACAUUAUAGAAGAAGUCCGGCUGGUUGGAGGUUCUCGAUGCUCUGGGAGGUUAGAGAUCCUUAAUAAUCAGACGUGGAUGUCAGUGUGUGACGCUGUCUUUGACCAGCAGGAUGCAGAGGUUGUGUGUAGAGAGCUGGACUGUGGGGCUCCUGUACAGGUGCUGGGAGCAGCUGCUUUUGGUAAAGGAGACGCUCAGAUGUGGACACAAGAGAUUCAGUGCAGAGGAAAUGAAUCUCAGAUUCACUUCUGUUCUACAUCACUGCCACACAAAUACAACUGUUCUGAUGACAAUGAUGCUGUACUGGUGUGUGCUGACCGUGUGAAUGUGAGGUUGGUUGGUGGUCACAGUCGCUGUGCAGGUAGAGUGGAGGUUCUUCACAGAGGUCAGUGGGGAACAGUGUGUGAUAAUUACUGGGAUAUGGCUGAUGCUGCAGUGGUGUGUAGAGAGCUGGACUGUGGAAAACCUCUAGAUGCUCUGGGAGCUGCUCAUUUUGGACCAGGAUCAGGACCGAUCUGGAUGGGUAUUGUCUUUUGUACUGGAUCAGAAUCUACACUGAAGAAUUGUGGAUCAGCAGGAUGGGGUUUACAUAACUGUAAUCAUAAUAGAGAUGCAGGAGUCAAUUGUUCAGACUUACUAUUGGACCUCACCUCUGCUCUGGGAGAUUGGAGAUACUUCAUGAUCGGAUGUGGAUGUCAGUGUGUGACGCUGCCUUUGACCAGCAGGAUGCAGAGGUUGUGUGUAGAGAGCUGGACUGUGGGGCUCCUGUACAGGUGCUGGGAGCAGCUGCUUUUGGUAAAGGAGACGCUCAGAUGUGGACACAAGAGAUUCAGUGCAGAGGAAAUGAAUCACACAUUCACCUCUGUCCAACAUCAACUUUACAUGAAAUCACCUGUUCACAUGACAAUUAUGUGGGAGUGAUGUGUUCUGGUUACACUGAUCUCAGGCUGGUAAAUGGUUCAGACUCUUGUUCUGGUCGAGUUGAACGUCAGUACUCCAGUAAAUGGGGCACAGUGUGUGAUGCAUGCUGGGAUAUGAGAGCUGCCAGUGUCCUCUGUAGACAGCUGAAUUGUGGG